UCGGUUAACCUCGCAUACGACAGCUGACCGGAUUCGAGUGAGAGCGAGACACAAACAGUGUCUGUGCGCGUGGUAGAAAGAGAACGACGCACCGCGCACCUACCAGCGCCGCCAUUUAUUUCUUUUAGUGCUCGACUCCCGACUAGUGACAGCGUUUUUGAUUAUCGCAAGAGCAUACACGUUUUAUUUGUGAAAUUUGUGUAUUCAAGUGCUAUUAAUAUUUAAUAAAAGUUUCUUGUGCAUUUCGUGUGAGAGUGAGAAUGCUAAGCGGAAUGAUAUGUUAGAAAACCGUACGCAAAUCACAAUGGCAGGCGUCCGUACUUCGGUUGUCAACAUAAAAUGAGAUUAUGCAAGUUUGAAGUAGGAUGCAGACGAAUCUUAGGUAAAUAAUGAGUUAUAUCGUUGUCUAAAUGGAUUAAAUAGCGAGGUGUUAGUGUGCGUCGUGUCAGCUGGAUUUUUGUAGGUGCAUCGACGUGUUAAAAGUCAGUGAGACUAUGAGGGUUGUAAAAUAAUGCGGUGGCUGCACAAAAUAUUGACGCUGGCAAUAAUUUGCGCAGCUGCGGGUGAGGACUGCCCCACCGCCUGCACCUGCACCAGCGCGCGCCUGCAAUGUUCCAACCUUACUAUCCCUGGUAACCACCUCAACAAGACCAUUAUCGCCAAAUAUGGCACAGAACUCCGAAACAUCACCUGGACAGACUCCACCGUACAAGAUUUGGACCAGGAUCUCUUUUUAGGCCUAUACAAAUUAGAAUACAUCGAUUUAAGCAGAAACGAAAUACAAAGGGCAAAGGACGAACUGUUCGCAAGACUGAACAACUUGGUAUACCUAAACCUGUCGAGGAACAAGAUUGACGACAUACCUCGCUCCACGUUCAAGUUUCUAGACAACCUAGAGAUUCUGGACGUGUCACAUAAUCAUCUUCACGUCAUACCAUUCCAGGUCUUCGGGCCACUGACUAGGUUAAAGUAUUUGGAUAUAUCUCAUAAUAAAAUCGCAACAUUCUUAGACUACUUUUUUAAGCCUAACCGCCAACUGAAACAACUGUUCCUAAAUAAUAAUAGCCUAGUCGAAAUUACUUCGAAAGCUCUAGUCAACUUGAAGGAGUUGGAAAUCCUGGACUUAUCCGCCAAUAAACUAGAUUAUAUACCUAAGUCUAUCUUAGAUCAUUUUGAACAUCUUACAGAUCUUAAUCUUAGCUACAACAACUUCCAAAACAUAUCAUACGAUGCUUUUAAGAAACUGUACAAAUUAAAGUGGCUCGACAUGGGCGGGAAUAGACUCAAGUGGCUGCCCGCCGGGCUUUUCCAAAAUAAUGAAAAUUUAGAAACAUUCUACCUCGACAACACUCAAAUAACGGUUAUACAGAACACGAAUUUUAAAGGUUUGAUUAAUUUACAGCGACUUUUCCUUAGAGACAAUCGUAAUUUAAGUGAAAUAGAAAGAUAUGUUUUCGAAGAUACGCCGGAUAUAACACAUUUGGAUAUAAGCGGCAACGAUUUGACUUUUUUACCUUUAAGCUUAGAGAAACUAGAUAAAUUAAAAGCUUUGAAAAUAAACAAGAACCCAUGGGCUUGCGACUGUCGCAUGGCGUGGUUCGCGGCUUGGGCUGAAAAGAGGAAGGACAUAAUCAGAUCAGACCUGAGCUGCCGGAGAGCCUACCCCGGCGACAUGCUACGCGUGCUCAAUGAUACCAACUGCAAGCCGCCGCAGCUCAUCUCGAGCAGCCCCCUGGAACUGUAUCGACUGCAGAGCGAAGCGCGACUCGAGUGCAGGUUCGACGGCAACCCAGCGCCCUCUAUCACUUGGAUCACACCGACGAGGGACGUCUUCCAUUGGAAUCCAAACCCGUUGGUACCAGACCUAUUCCGGAAACACGGAACCGCACACGACCAAUACUAUCGCCCAAUAGACAACGAGAGAUCGCGAGUGAGAGUGUUAGAAGAUGGUAGCCUAUUAAUAACUGAUAUACACAGAGAAGACACGGGAACAUAUAUUUGUUACGCUACAAACCCUUCCGCCAAUGUGACCGCAGAGGUGAUUUUGAACAUAGACCCGAUGACAAUGUUUGAGAUAAAGAUCUACAGUCUGAUCUGUGGAGCGUUCUGUGCCGCUUUGUUCCUGGGAAUGACUUUAUUGAUUCAAGCUAUACGUUAUAUCUUCUACAGAUUCCGACUUCUGGAGACGUGCUGCAGCUGCUGCGCAUGCGUGAGCCGCGACGCGCCGCGCUCGCGACAGAUAUACAACAUGCUGGACAACAUCGAACAAUACAAGAGACAGCAAUUGGAAAAACUGCGAGAGAACUACGCUGUUCAGGUUCAUCGGAUCAAAGAGAACUGUACACAGCAAAUGGAAUGGAUACAGAACAGCUACUCGUCGCAAGCAACGCACCUGCGCAACAUCAGAGAUAUCGGCACCAACCAUUUGACCUCUAUGAAAGACCAAUACUAUGACCAGGUUAAACGGGUUCGAGAGUACUCCACAUCACAGUUGAACUGGGUCAGAGAGAACUACGUAUUCCAAAGAAACAAAAUACGAAAAUUUAGCGCUCAUCAGAUUCUUAGACUUCGCGAAUCGUAUAAAUAUCAACAGCAGACGCUAAAUAAAGUGUUGGAAAAUCUGCCGACGUUGUACUUUGAGAACUGCCGCAGCGGAUCCUGCGGACGCAGCGACUCCAUGGCUUUCGAUCCGGACGUGGAAGUCAUCGACAUGUAUCUCAAGACCAAGAUAGAAAAGUUGACGCACCUUCCCAACCCGAUCACCGACGACGAAAGCAAAAUGUCAGUUUAUUACACACCGACGGAGAGAUCCGUUAACUCGAGGCGUAAUUCACCGCUCACUAUCCCCGAAGGCAUUCACAUCAACAUGAUAGAGCGGGGCCCUCCCAAACUGAUGGCGAAGAUAAAACCUCUGCAGCCGGUGCCGCCGCCGAGCCUCGACUACUCCACGCCGCCGUCGACUUCGAAAGCGGGCUUGUCAGUGGGACACGUGAAGUACAAGUGUGACAGAAGCGAGUUCAAGCCGUUCAGCGAGCCGUUGCUGGGCAGGGAGCGCGGGAAGUGCCAGCUGGCAGUGAGCGCGAGCUCGCCGGAGCUGCGUCGCGAGGUGGACUGCGAGGCGGCGCGCGAGCCCCGGGCGGAGGGCGAGGCGGCGCGGGAGGCGCGCGUGCUGCUGGCAGUGGAGCUGGCUCAGCCCGAGUGCGAGGUGAAGCACGCGGCGGGGCAGCUGGUGUGCGGCGAGUGCGCGGGGCUGUGCGAGAACACGCCCUUGUAGUACAGGCUGCUCACGCGCGUGUUCAAGAUCUACGCGGUGUCGGGCGGCACGCUGACCGUGCACAAGCCGGCCGACGUGCCGCUGACAGACUUGAGCGGGUUCACGCCGUCUUUCGUAUGAUUCUCUACGUCAGUGUUGAAGUGAUUCGCGAACCGUUUCGGCCGCCGUGUCGCGAGUUAGAAGGCAUCUUGCCCGGCCGAGCUGUGAUAGACUGUGUGCGGUGCGAGUGAGCCGCGUGCCCUGCGACGUUCUCGUACCAUCUCCUAGUGGUAGGUUAAGGAUACUGAAUCUGCUGUCGAUGGUAGUGGAAAAAAAAAUUUGAAACGGUUUUCUAAUAAGUGUUCUAUCAAUGGGUACGGAAUGUGUAAAUAUGUAUCGUUUGUUUCGAUUUAUUUCAUUUCCAUUUUGAUGUAUUUUUAAGGUAUGAAAAAUCUUAGAGUAAUAUGCAUUUUAUAUUUGUUCCGACUUAAAACUUAGGUAAUGAAGGUGUAAGGAAAUUGUUACUAUCUUUGUUGUAAUUGUUGCGAUGUUAUUGUAAAUUGGUGUAUCGUAGAACUGAGACGAUCUUUUCUCAUGAGCUGUAUUUCCUUUCACUUCAACCGAACUAGAUUGUAUGUAUUAUUGAGUCUGAUUUAGUCAAUUUUUUUUAUAUAAAAUCAAAAUCAAUUUUAUAAAAAAUCAUCUUAGUUUAUCUACGUUUUAAUAAUUUAUAUUUCUUUAUGUUUACCGAUGCCUUAUCGAUCUGAUGUGUAACAGUGCAACAGUGAUAUGCCAAAAUACUGCAAAUCCAACAAUGAUUUAUAUUGUGAACUUUUCUUAAUGUGAAAUAUACAAAUAUUGUUGAAAUUUUUCUAAAUAUUAUAAACAAGAGUAAAUAGUAAAUCAUGGAGAAUAAAUUAUUUUUCAAUGUAAUCUCUCUUGGUUUUAUUUACGUUCAGUUGAGAACUGAGGCGCGUGUGCGUUACGUUAUCUUGUCGGCAACAUAAUUAUUACUACUACUGUGCUGUAUAUAUUAAACACCAU